ACAGUGCCUGGCUGGGUGAUUGAUAUUUUUGCCAAGUUACAACAUUACUUGCAAUUUGAUUUUAUGUAUUUUGUCGUUUAUUAUUUAAAAAUUUAACAAAUAAGUACAGCAUUAGCGGCCAAUAAACUUUCCGCGUCGUUUAAAGUAGAUUUGAUGGUGUUCGCGAUGCUUUAGAUUAUGUAGCAGCGGAGAAAUCGAAUCCAGAUAUGGCAGAUCCUGACCCAGAAACCCUCCUAGAAUGGCUGAACAGCGGCCUGGGAGACGAGAGGGACAUGCAACUGAUCGCCCUAGAGCAACUCUGCAUGUUACUCCUCAUGUCCGAUAAUGUCGACCGAUGCUUCGAAAGUUGCCCCCCACGCACAUUUUUACCCGCCUUGUGUAGGAUAUUCCUGGAUGAGCAGGCACCAGAGAAUGUGCUCGAAGUAACAGCCAGAGCCAUAACUUAUUACCUGGAUGUAUCGGCCGAAUGUACUAGAAGAAUCGUGGCCAUAGAUGGAGCCAUCAAAGCCAUCUGUAACCGAUUGGUUAUUGUCGAACUGGCUAGUCGUACCAGCAAAGAUCUCGCAGAGCAAUGCGUCAAAGUUUUAGAGUUGAUUUGUACCCGAGAAGCUGGAGCGGUCUUUGAUGCGGGAGGGCUCAGCUGUAUCUUACCAUUUAUUAGAGAUAACGGACAGCUGGUGCAUAAGGACACCCUCCAUUCCGCCAUGGCAGUCGUGUCUCGUUUGUGUACCAAAAUGGAGCCGGCUGAUGCGCAACUUCCCGGGUGUGUUGAGGCUCUAAGCGCCCUAUUGCAACAUGAGGAUCCCCACGUGGCGGACGGGGCUUUAAGAUGUUUUGCCUCUAUUGCAGACAGGUUUACUAGAAGGGGUGUUGAUCCUGCCCCAUUGGCCCAGCAUGGAUUGGUAAAGGAGCUCUUGGGACGCCUCUCGAACGCAGCAGGCCCGACUACGGCUUCCGGCACCCAAAGUACCCCAGGAAAAACACAAAACGUACCUCCAGCCGAUACUAAAGCGACCAUAGCGUCGGUUUCUACCAUUAUAAGUUUAUUGUCAACUUUAUGUCGAGGUUCUCCGAUUAUUACACAUGAUCUGCUACGGUCAGAAUUGUUGGACGCGAUAGAAAAAGCUCUUAAGGGAGACGAACGCUGCGCCCUGGACUCCAUGCGACUGGUCGAUUUGCUGCUGGUACUUUUGUUUGAAGGGCGCAGGGCCUUGGGUAAACCAGGUUCGAGCACAUCGGGUCAAUUGAUGCCCAGGAUAAGAAGGAUGGAUUCUGCCGCAGAAAAAUCUCAUAGGCAACUGAUUGAUUGUAUUAGAUCAAAAGACACUGAUGCCCUAAUACAGGCUAUCGAGAAUGGUGGAAUUGAGGUGAACUUUAUGGAUGACGUCGGUCAGACCCUCUUAAACUGGGCUUCGGCCUUCGGCACCCAAGAAAUGGUCGAAUAUUUAUGCGAAAAGGGGGCGGACGUGAAUAAGGGGCAACGCUCCUCAUCGCUGCAUUACGCCGCUUGUUUUGGACGUCCCACCAUAGCCAAAGUGUUGUUAAGAUACGGCGCCAAUCCCGAUUUGAGGGACGAGGAUGGAAAAACGCCAUUGGACAAGGCCAGAGAGAGAGCGGACGAGGGCCAUAGGGAAGUUGCCGCAAUUUUACAGUCACCUGGUGAAUGGAUGGUAUCGCUAGACAAAGACCGUGCCCGCAAAUCGGAAUCCGAAGCGGAAGAGAACCCGGAACCAAAAGGGGAUCCGGAAAUGGCUCCUAUUUACUUGCAACGGCUUUUGCCGACGUUCUGUAGCACGUUCCAGCUGACGAUGCUGCCCAGCGUGAGGAAGGCGAGCCUGGGCCUUAUUAAAAAGAUGAUCCAUUACAUCCAGGCGGAUUUGUUGGAACAAUUGUGUAACUUGGAGACUUGCGUGCCGAAUUUCGCGUCGCAAUUGGUCGAAGUUGUGUCUAACGUUUUGGAUAAUGAGGACGACGAGGAAGGACAUUCGGUGGUCCUAAGCAUAAUCCAGGACCUGAUGGUGAAAAAUCAAAAAGUAUUUUUGGACCAUUUCGCCCGUUUGGGCAUUUUUAGUAAAGUGCACGCCCUGGCGGCCCCUCCGGAUCCCCACGAGACCGAAGAAGGCGAUUUGGCACAAGCAGAACCUGCCGCAGACCAACAACAGCAGCAACAACAACCGGUGGAAGAUGCCAAAGAGAUUUUGGCGGGUAAAGCGUAUCAUUGGCGUGACUGGUCAAUAUGUCGCGGCAGAGAUUGUCUUUAUUUGUGGAGUGACGCGGCCGCUCUCGAAUUGUCAAACGGUUCUAAUGGGUGGUUCCGGUUCAUUUUAGAUGGGAAAUUGGCCACGAUGUACUCGAGCGGGUCGCCCGAGGGUGGCGCCGAUACCACCGGCAAAUCGAGGGCAGCGGACUCACUCACCACCGAAGAGAAUCGCGGCGAGUUUUUGGAGAAACUACAAAGGGCCCGUGCCGCCGUUAGGGUGACGAACAAUUCGAUCCCGAUUUUAUCGAAACCCGGCCCCACCAGGUUGGUGGUCGGUAAUUGGUCCCUGGUGUCGAAAAGAGACGCGGAGGUUCAUAUUCACAACUCGGACGGGCAGCAGCAAACCACGAUUUUACGGGACGACCUACCCGGAUUUAUAUUCGAGAGUAAUCGGGGCACUAAGCACUCGUUUAUUGCCGAGACAAGUUUAGGUUCGGAAUUUGCUGCGGGCUGGACGAGCAAGAAAGGCAAGCGACUACGCUCACGGACCGAGGCGACCAAAAUCAAAGUGAAAUACCUCGCGCAUCAACUUUACGAGCAGUACUUUAGGGCGGCGCAGGCGCAACCCCGCGGCAUAGUCGCCCAAUUAGGAAAUAUCGUAGCCCAAAUCGAGCGCGCGUGUCAAAAACAAGGCUCUUAUGGAAACAAUCGGGAGGGCGCCAACUCCUGGAGGGAAAUUCUCGAGAACGCCUUGGGCGCCCUCACGCAAAUUUUGAAAGACGACGGCGUGGUGAGCGCUUAUGAACUAUACAGUUCCGGCCUGAUCCAGGCCCUAUUGAAUUUAUUGUCUGUCAGUUAUUGGGACCAGGGUCUAAAAUCAAGUAAAGUAAACAAAUACCAGAAACAAAGGAUCCAAGUGUUCAAAGAGUGUUUUAAGGCGAAAUCGAUCGACGAGAACCCGGUGGCCAUAUUGGUGCAGAAACUGAUCGCCGUAUUGGAGAGCGUCGAAAAAUUCCCGGUAUUCGUUUACGACACCCCGGGGUCCGGUUACGGGCUGCAGGUACUCACCCGCCGCCUCAGGUUCCGCCUGGAGAGGGCGCAGGGGGCGGACAGCACCCUUAUCGACCGGACCGGCCGAGGUUUAAAAAUGGAACCGUUGGCCACUGUGUCGCAGUUGGAACGUUAUUUAUUGAAAAUGGUCGCCAAACAGUGGUACGACUACGACAGGACCACUUUUCAAUUCUUGAAGAAGAUGAAAGACCCGAAACAUCAGCUGUUUAAGUACGCGAGCGACUUCGACGAGAACGGGAUCAUUUAUUUUAUUGGAACCAACGGAAAAACAAGUUGCGAAUGGGUGAACCCGGCCCAAUACGGUCUCGUGACCGUGACCAGCUCGGACGGGCGCAAUCUACCGUACGGCCGACUGGAGGACAUCGUGUCCCGCGAAUCAUCAGCCUUAAAUUGUCACACGAACGACGACAAAAGGGCGUGGUUCAGUAUCGAUCUCGGCCUUUUCAUGGUGCCGUCCGCGUACACUUUGCGACACGCCCGCGGCUACGGACGGUCCGCCCUCAGGAAUUGGCACUUUCAGAUGUCGAAAGACGGCACCGCUUGGACGACGAUGCAGGCGCACACCCACGAUGUUUCCUUGAACGAACCGGGCAGUACCGCCACGUGGCCCAUCGAACCGCCAUCUGACGAACAAGGUUGGAGGUACGUGCGUAUCCAGCAAGCAGGAAAGAAUGCCUCCGGUCAAACGCACUAUCUGAGCCUCUCAGGAUUCGAGAUUUACGGUCAGGUGACCUCAGUAUGCGAAGACAUGGGCAAAGCACACAAAGAGCAAGAGGCACAACUGAGAAAGCAGCGGCGGCUCGUCAAGACACAACUGUUAAAAUUCAUGACAGUCGGCGCGAGAGUGGUCAGAGGCGUAGACUGGAAAUGGAGGGAUCAGGACGGAAACCCCCCGGGAGAAGGUACAGUAACCGGAGAACUACAUUCGGGUUGGAUCGACGUAACGUGGGACCACGGCGGCUCAAAUUCGUAUCGUAUGGGAGCCGAAGGCAAAUACGACUUGAAACUGGCCCCGAACUUUGAUUUGCUCGAAUCGUCGGCAAAACUCGCGCAGCAGAAAACAACAAAAAGCGGCAAAGAAGAGAAGACGGGCGCGGGGAGUGUUUUAACCAGUCGCAAGAGCAGCUCUACUCCGAGUUUACCGGAAGCCACCAACGAGGACAACAAGAGUUCAGUUGCGUCCACGGAACAGGCCGCUUCGGCCGAUAAUUUGGCCGCCAAACAGAUCGCGGAGAGCGUUUUGAGUGGGGCGAGGAACGAAGCUGUUACUGCUUUGGUAGCCGUAACAUCGGAAAGUCAAGCGGCCCGUAGCACCGACAGCGAGUUGAGCGUGAUAGUACAUCCGCUCCGCGAUCCCCACCACGAUUUGUCGACGAUCAAUUGCAACAGCAGCGACCUCGCCACCAUCGUGGAAACGUUAACGUUGAACGACCCGAAGCCGUCAACGUCGACGGUCAAACGGCAAAACAGCGACAACAUCAGCGCGUCCGAUCAAGAGUCGAUGGCUCAGAAGACUCAGAAAGCGGCGGCCAAGACGUCGGGAAGCGGAGGCGGCGGUACCAGCAGGGAGCGAAAAGUUUCCAAUGUGGUGGCCGCCCAGAGUUUCGUCGAAGCAGUCGAGGCCUUCGAUAGGAUUCGAGAGGGAUCUGAUAUGUUGAUCAAUAACACGAAUAACUUUUUGUCCACGGAGUUUCUACAGUCGGCGUUGAGUUUUGGGCAACAGCCAGGCGCUACAGUUAGGAUCUCGGUACCAUCGACCUCAAAAACUGACUCUGCGAGCGCGGAAGAUCCAAGCAAGAAAAAAUCAGAUGGCGACGAUCAGAGCGUGACCACUUUAAGCGACAACGAGGAGGCCGUGAACAACGCGAAUAACGCGAAAAAUAAUUCGAUCAUGGUGACGAAUCCUAUGAGCGUCAGCGUACCCAAUUUAACCAGUACCGAGGCGAAUAGUCAAAUUGAGACAACUACUACUGCUGGUCUACUAGAGACGUUCGCCGCCUUGGCCCGGCGACGUCAAUCGGGCGCCUCGACAACCGGAAGCUCCCACUCUCGUAGCAGCGCCCACGGCAACAACGCCCAUCAGGUGGCCAAUCAAAACGCGCAGAACAACCAGAACGCCUCGUCCGCGUGUAUUUUCCCGCGCGGACCGAACUCCGUCUCCAGCUUGGUCCGGUUGGCGUUGAGCAGCAACUUCCCGAGCGGUUUACUCAGCACCGCACAAAGUUAUCCGAGUUUAUCUUCUAGUAAUAACAGCGGGGGUGGCGGCAGAGGGGGACAACAGGGCGGUGGCGGUGGGAUCUCAACUACGGCCGUGGAAUUUUUAGGGGCAGUUCAGGGACUUAGUCAGGCCUUAACGAUGAGUUUGACUUCUACGAGUAGCGACAGCGAGCAAGUAUCCCUCGAGGAUUUUUUGGAAUCGUACCGGGCACCCACUUUGUUGGCCGAGCUGGACGACGACGAGGAAAUGGGAGAUAACGAUGAUGAGAAUGAUGAUGAUGAGAACGAGGACGAUGCGGACUACGAAGAGGUGAUGGUAUCCAGGAACCUGUUAAGUUUCAUGGAAGAAGAAGGUUUCGACCCGUUACACAACGCAAAACGCCGAUCGUGGGACGACGAGUACGUAGUCAAGAGGCAGUUUAGCGCAUUGAUUCCGGCGUUCGAUCCCAGACCGGGCAGAACAAAUAUUAAUCAGACUAGUGAUUUAGAAAUACCGCCGCCAGGUCAAGAAGAAACAACAUCAACCCACGAGCACGAAUACUUGCCGCAGCCAAAGAUCCAGUUGACCCUAAAAGGGCCGAACAUGCCCGGUAUAAACGACGUCGAAAUCGACUUAGCCGAUCCGUCUUGGACGAUUUUCAGGGCCGUGCAAGAGCUCCUACAGACGGCUGAAUUCCCUACCAAACAAGAAAAAUUGAGACGGUUAUGGGAACCGACCUAUUUAAUCGUGUAUAAGGAAUUAAGAGAUGGUUCGCAGGAGCCGGACGAAGGCAGAACGACCCCUCAGGCCUGCAAAAUGUCCCGCAGCAGAGCAAGCUCGAUCGCCGGCAAUUCGCUGUCGCCGUCCACACCUAUACCCGGCACACCCUCGGUGUCCAGUUGCACUGUCGAGGACGUACUUCACCUCCUUCGGCACCUCUUCGUUAUCGCCACGCCCGGACGACCGCAAAAACUUUUAGAUCUGAAAACAUUGGACCACGUUGAAGUCAGUCCGCAGCUGUUUUCCAGCAAGAAAAUCACAAAUAAAUUAUUACAGCAAAUCCAAGACCCGUUGGUGUUAUCCAGCGACAGUUUACCCGGCUGGUGCGAGGAGCUGAACCACUCCUGUCCGUUUUUGUUCCCAUUCGAGACGCGUCAAUUGUUCUUCAAUUGUACGGCGUUCGGGGCGUCGCGGAGUAUCGUGUGGUUGCAGACGCAGCGGGACGUCACCCUGGAAAGACAGCGAACUCCCGGACUGUCGCCACGUAGGGACGAUCCGCACGAAUUUCGAGUGGGCCGGUUGAAACACGAAAGGGUCAAAGUGCCCAGAGGCGAGGAACUCCUAGACUGGGCCAUUCAAGUAAUGAAAAUCCACGCAGAAAAGAAGUCAAUCCUAGAAGUGGAAUUCGUAGGCGAGGAGGGCACAGGCCUCGGCCCCACUUUAGAGUUUUACGCCCUUGUAGCGGCCGAAUUGCAACGUCGCGACUUGUGCAUGUGGAUCUGCGACGACGAACUCGGCAACUCCGAGUCCACCGGCGGGAUGCUCGAUUUGGGCGAAGGUCUCAAGCCGCCCGGUUUCUACGUGCGACGACCGUCCGGUCUGUUUCCCGCCCCGUUGCCCCAACACGGCGACGCGUGCGACAAAGCCGCUAAGUACUUCUGGUUCCUCGGGGUAUUUUUGGCGAAAGUGUUGCAGGACGGGCGGCUCGUAGAUUUGCCUCUGAGCAAUAGUUUCUUGAAGCUGAUGUGUCACGGAGAGAUUCAGAAUAACGUCAACGAGAAGAUCGGUUUGGUGCCGAAGAAGAUGCCGGACAGCGAGGAUAUUAUGACAUCCAGUUAUAUUUCCGAGGAGAGCGAGAAGGAGUUGGAGUUGGAUCCGCCAAAGAUUAAUGUAGAAGCUCGAAACCCAUGGUACGCAAACAUCUUAAACGAGACCGAUUUGUACGAAAUCGACCCUCACAGAGCGACUUUCCUGAAAGAAAUCAAAGAACUGGUGCGACAAAAACACAAAAUAAUGCAAGACAACAGCCUCUCGCCGGAGGCGAAGGCGCACCAAAUACAGAAUUUACCGCUUCACGUGCAUGCCUCCGGUCCGGUUUACUUGAGCGAUUUAGCGUUAUCGUUUACUUACUCGCCGGGCAGCGAAGUUUACGGUUACGAGAACGUGAAUCUGGUGCCCAACGGGGCCGACAUCGAGGUCACCAUGGAAAACGUCGAGGAGUACGCCGAGUUGACGACCGCGUUUUGUCUGGAAGUGGGCCUCGCCCGGCAACUGGACGCGUUUUAUAAGGGAUUCUGUCAGGUGUUCCCUAUGGAGAAAUUGGCCGCGUUCAGUCCCGACGAGAUGGCGCUGAUGCUGUGCGGAAACCAGAACCCCGAAUGGACCAGGGAGGAUCUGCUCAAUUAUACAGAGCCCAAGUUGGGUUAUACAAAAGAGAGUCCCGGUUUCCAGCGGUUCAUUAACGUCCUGGUCGCGAUGUCCGCCGAGGAACGAAAGGCGUUCCUCCAGUUCACGACCGGUUGCAGUUCUCUGCCGCCAGGAGGACUCGCGAACUUGUACCCGCGCCUCACCAUAGUAAGGAAAGUAGACGCGGACUCUGGCUCUUAUCCCUCGGUGAACACUUGCGUGCACUACCUGAAAUUACCCGAUUACCCCACCGAGGAGGUGCUCAGGGAGCGUCUUCUCGCCGCCACUAAAGAAAAAGGGUUCCACUUGAAUUAAUUCAAUCUCUUUUUUUGUAAUAAUAACAAUAAUCGAUAUCUAUUUAUAAUAUAAACCAAAUAAUUAUUGAUUAGUGUUUAGUGUACUACUCGAGUAACGAAUUAGUGAUAUGAAUAAAUUUAUUAUAACUUAAUAGGUGGGGUGGUGUUGUGGAGAGUUUUCGUAGGUUCCUUAUUGUCGUACUUUUUAGUUUGUUCUCCUUUUUUUUUUCUUUUUUUCUGUUUGGUGCUAAUCGUGUUUUGUUUUUCGGAAAUCUCUUACUAUUUUAAAUUAUAUAGAAAAAGACAGAGGUUGUAUGUGAUAAGCAUUUAUUCUAUAGGGAGGCGCUUAGAACUUACACAGAGAGAAAGUUUAUGUAAAUAAAGAAGCUAUCCAAGAAU